AAUUAAUAAGAAUGUCACAACCGUCCGAAACUAAACAAUCAAUAUAAAGUGGCAGGAUGGUGUUACAUCCAUCAUUAAAGUUAGAUAAAUCUGCUGCUUUUUUCAAAAAUACAAGAGUUAGUUCAUGCUCUUAUGUAAGAAUGAAAAAAGGUAAUCCUGAAGUAAGAUUUCAAUAUUCAUUAUAUUAAUAGGCUGUUCCAUUUUAUGAAAUUGCUAAUAAAACACCUGCAGAACAUGAAACUAAAUCUACAUUUACAACUUCAUCUUAUGCGUAUUAAUAUAUUAUUAUAAUAAAACAGAGAUGAUUAUAAAGUAAGACCUAAUCUACAUGUUGGAUCUACUAAUAAAUUAUUAGAACCUUAUAAUACAGGAUCAUUUAGAUCAAGAUUACCUGAACCAGAUGCUCCUAUUUUAACUAAAAAUGCUUCACAAAUUGAAUUAGGAGAAAGACAGUAUAUAACUAUUAUUAUUAACACUCUUAGUUUCAAUGUAAAAAGACAUUUCUUAAGCACUGCUCAUAAUGUUUAUGGAAAUUUCGGAAAAUAAGGAAAUAUUACAAACCCAGGAAUAUUAUCAGAAAAAACUAAAUGGCAUCAUCAUUUAUAAUAAAAAUGAUUAUUUUCAAG